AUGGUGCCCGCCUACAAAGUGGGCAUGAGGUCGUCCUCGACAGCGUUUCUGUGGCCCACACGGGAAAAGACAGUGACUGGGGUUACUGUCGUGGCCAGUGAUCCCAACCCCCUUGAAGACCCCGAUACCAUCACACUCAGCUGUCCCGCGUCGGGCACUGUUCAGACACGGACAUGGUUCAAAGAUAACCAACCCAUCCAGGAAAACGGCAGAAUAUUUACAUCCCCCGACAAGGCGAAACUGACUAUAAUCAGAGCUAACAGAAACGACGCAGGGACGUACAAGUGCAUCGCCAGCAAUUCAUUCAGCAGUGGCGCUGGAGUGACCAACGUGCAAGUUUACUAUGAAAAUUGUACCUUCCGGGCUGGCGCGAUCGUGGGCAUUAUACUCGGUUUACUUAUCAUGGGCCUGGUGGGAGGAUUCAGUGGAUGGCUGUUCGCAAGAAAAGCUGGCGGUUUAUUCAGCAACAUAUAUCCACCGAAAUCUAAAAAUGGCACGGGCAGAAAUUCCGGAUGGAAAAGCGCCUUCGAUACAAAGACCGUAAACUCAUCAGAAUAUUAUGAAAAUGUCCAAAUGGAUGAACAGGGUGCAAGGAACAAUGCGCAGGAUGGAGACUCCACUUACACGGGUCUUAUCCUGGAGUAUCGAUCUGUUUACGGUGAUCUGAACAGGUAUGUGAACCGAAUCUGGGGCUGCCGACACGUAAUGUCACUUGUAAAGGAAAGGUCACCGCCCAUCCUCCGUCGCUCCAAGGAUGAAUCGCAAAUUUCGGCUGAACCUGUUCCCAGAAGCUCUAGAUCAUCAGGUCAGUCUCAGAACUUUUCCAUCCACGUGGAGCACAGACGGAUAAAUGUCCCCGAGGGGGCUGAUGCGUUCUUUUCCGUGCGGCCGUCGGCCGGGCUCAGCAGAGUGAUCUGGUUUGUUAAGGAUGAAAUAAUCGCCCACUGGAACAAUCAGAACGUGACCAAAGAAUUCACUUCUCGGGCUGAGUUAUUCGCCUCCAACGGGUCGCUUCUGCUGAAGUCGGUGAACAGCGCGGACAGUGGGGAUUACCGUGUGGAUAUGCUUCCAACCAGCGGCUCCGAGACCUCAGCGUUCGUCACUCUGCAUGUCCUCGAAAACCUCGAUACCAUCGCACUGAGUUGUGACGCGUCGGGCUCUGUGCAGACACGGACAUGGUUCAAGGAUAACCAACCCAUCCAGGAAAAAGACAGAAUAUUUACAUCUUUCGGCAACUCGAAACUGACUGUAAUCACUGUGAACAGAAACGACGCAGGGACGUACAAGUGCAUCGCCAGCAACUCUUUCAGCGGAGGCGCUGGAGAGACAUACGUGCAAGUUUACUGCGGCUGCACAGCCCCAGAAACAGGCGACAAUUUCACCCUAGGCGCUGCCGCGAUCGUGGGCAUUGUACUGUGUUCUCUUGCCGGAGGACUGAUCGGCGGAGUCUGCGCAUGGUUAUUCGCAAGGAAAAUUGGCGGGAUCAAAGAUCCCCCACAAUCCCAGUACGACACGAGCAUCGAUUCCGGACGGAACAGCACCUUGGAUACAAACACCGUGAACUCAUCGGGAACCUAUGAAAAUCUCUCAAGGGAUGAACAGGGCGCAAGGCACAAUGCACAAGAUGGAAACUCCACUUACACGGGACUGGUUCUGGGGGAUCGAUCUGUUUACAGUGAUCUGAAGAGUUGCCGAGAGAGCCAACAUGAAUUGUUUAUUUAUUCCGUCAGAUGACGUCACUGGUGAAUAGAAGAGGACGGUUGGCCGGGAAUUCACACAUGAGAAGGACAACCAUCGUGGAAGAAGCCACCGUGCCACACGUCUCUUACUUUUUAUAUACGACCGUUAUCCGUGUCUCCGGCAUCUCUCUCUCGAGUGCCACAUCUUCACUCCGAGACAUCACUGAAGGGUGUGACACAUUUUUUUUAUCGUAGCGGCUUAGUUCUCUCACUUCAACCUAGACUCCUCCAGCCCAUGAUAGGCAGCCUCACGCUUUCACCAACCUUUGCCCUCUCAACUUUGCUCUGCGUUACGAUCUCAAUAAACUCAUUGUCCACAUUAUAGGCGGUUCAGUUUCUAAAGACAUGUUUCGCACAGAUCUGAAAAGCAGCAGUGUGUGACUCUCAACCUUCAGACAAGCCUCUAUUUCAUCUUGUCCGGGAGACUGGUGCAGCGGCUGAAACGGUCACGUGACAAUAAUUCCAAUGAUUCCGCCCUUCCCGUCUCGGCUCUUCGUAUCAGCAAGUUAUAAGAAUUAGCUCACUGAAUAGUGAGCGAUAUGAUGUGAGUCUCGUCUUAUCCAGCAACCAGAUUUUUAUCCGUGAC